UGCAGCCAGCCCCAAAGUGGGUGUAUACGCAGCGGAGCGCUAUAAAUACGGGCGCCUCACGGUGUUGUGCACGCGGCGUGGCCAGGAGGAGCGCGCGGGCAGCGGUGACCGAGGCGUGCUGGGAUUCCAGAAGUGGAGAAGGAGGCAAGAUGAAGACUCUACUGCUGUUGGUGGGGCUGCUGCUCAGCUGGGAGAGUGGCCGGGCAAUCUUGGACAAAGAGCUCCAGGAAAUGUCCGCUGAGGGGAGUAAGUACGUGAAUAAAGAAAUUAAAAAUGCCCUCAAGGAGGUGAAACAGAUAAAGACCCAAAUAGAACAAACCAAUGAAGAGCGCAAAUUACUGCUCAGUUCCCUAGAGGAAGCCAAGAAGAAGAAAGAGGAUGCCCUGAAUGACACCAGGGAUUCUGAAAACAAGCUGAAGGCGUCCCAGGGGGUGUGCAAUGAGACCAUGACGGCCCUCUGGGAGGAGUGUAAGCCCUGUCUGAAGCAGACCUGCAUGAAGUUCUACGCGCGGGUGUGCAGAAGCGGCUCGGGACUCGUUGGCCACCAGCUCGAGGAGUUCCUAAACCAGAGCUCCCCCUUCUACUUCUGGAUCAACGGUGACCGCAUCGAUUCCCUGAUGGAUAAUGACCGGGAGCAGAGCCACGUGAUGGAUGUCAUGGAGGACAGCUUCACCCGGGCGUCCAGCAUCAUGGACGAGCUCUUCCAGGACCGGUUCUUCCCCCGGAGGCCCCAGGACACUCAAUACUACUCCCCCUUCAGCUCGUUCCCAAGGGGGUCACUCUUCUUCAAUCCCAAGUCCCGCUUUGCCCGGAACGUGAUGCCUUUCCCCUUGUUGGAACCCCUCAACUUCCACGAUGUGUUUCAGCCCUUCUACGACAUGAUCCACCAGGCCCAGCAGGCCAUGGACGCCCACCUGCAGAGGACUCCCUACCACUUCCCCGUGACGGAAUUCACAGAAAACAACGACCGCACUGUGUGUAAGGAGAUCCGCCACAACUCCACGGGAUGCCUGCGGAUGAAGGACCAGUGUGAGAAGUGCCAGGAGAUCCUGGAAGUGGACUGUUCGGCCAGCAGCCCGACUCAGACGCUGCUGCGCCAGCAGCUGAAUGCGUCCCUGCAGCUGGCGGAGAAGUUCAGCAGGCUCUAUGACCAGCUGCUCCAGUCCUACCAGCAGAAGAUGCUCGACACGUCGGCCCUGCUCAAGCAGCUGAACGAGCAGUUCACCUGGGUGUCCCAGCUGGCCAACCUCACGCAGAGCGAUGACCAGUACUACCUGCAGGUCUUCACGGUGAAUUCCCACAGCUCCGACCCCAGCAUCCCAUCUGGCCUCACCCAGGUGGUUGUGAAACUCUUCAACUCCUUCCCCAUCACAGUGACGGUCCCGCAGGAAGUCUCCAGUCCUAACUUCAUGGAGAAUGUGGCGGAGAAAGCGCUCCAGCAAUACCGCCGGAAGAGCCAUGAGGAGUGAGGCGUGAAAGUUGCUUUUGCAAGUAUGCAGGCGUCUCCACCCACUUGCCCCUGAGAUGAGCUUCAGGCCCCUUUAGAGAGCUGUGCACGUCGCCAGAUGACCAGGCCCUGACUUGGAGGUCCUCCUGACCCCACCAGCCUCUCCUUUGAACUCCUCUGAAACGCACUAAUGCCUGUGUUUGCCGAUCACGGGAAGAACUUGCUCGCAUGCCACUAACUCAAUAAACCACCUUGUAAUCUGAA